GAGUGACGCUCCCCUUCGACACGCUCGCUCUCUUCCUCCCUCGCUCUCUCUUCUUGCUUGCUCGCUUGCUGCACCACACUCGCUACGCAAUCACGACUGCGAGGCACACAGAAACUUUUCUGGACAACACACAGACGUAGAGGAGCAUAUCUGAAUACAUGCACACACAUCCACCUCCGCAUACACACACAUCUCUUGAGAAGCUUCCACAAGAGGAGGAGGAGGAGGAGGAGGAGGAGGAGGAGGAACGAGGGAGCAAGAAUUUGGCCUUCAAAGUGCUGGUAUGAGGACAGGUCUGCUUAUCGCAGCUCUAUGGCUGCUUCUGGUUUUCACCAUGACGGGCGCACAAAACGGGCGGGGAAAACCACGCCAGCCGGAUGGAGGAAUGCGACGGAUGAAGAGGAAACGGGACAGACUAGGUCAGGCUGGAGUCAGAUCGGGGCGCGCUAAACUCCUUCGUAGCCGAAGCAUUCCUAACAGUCCCCGCGUUCCGGCGCAGCCUGUCCAAAGGAACGUGGUCCUGCUAGAGUCCGACAGGGACAUACCGGAGCAACACUCCAGCGACUACGUUCUACCAGGGAAGCACGGCCAAUGCGUGUUCCAAGGCAUGACCAUGUUCAACCAAGCCGUGUGGUCUCCCACUCCGUGCGUCACGUGUCUAUGCGCGGGCGGGCGGGUGGUCUGCGACGAGCUGGCCUGCCCGCUGGCGCCCUGCCGCGGGCCGCUGGCGCCCGCCGCCGCCGGGGAGUGCUGCCCCGUCUGCAUGGACUCAGAUCCCGACCUCAGUCUUGAACUUUCUGGUGACUCCCCAGCGCCCCGUAACCGUGACGACCACCAUUCCAUCACCACCACCCCCCACCAGCUCAGCCAGGAGGAAAUCCAGCGCAUCCUCUGGCGAGAAGAGGAGGAGCACCUGGAGGAAGAGGAGCGAGUGAGGAAACGGGAGGAGGUAAAGAAGAGGAAGAGGAAGGAGCACGAGGAGAGGCAGAGGAGGAUAGAGGAGGAGAGGAGGAAGAUGGAGCAAGAGGAGAGGAGGAGGAAAAUGGAGGAGGAGAAGAGGAAGGAGGAGAAAGAAGCAUGGGAGAGAGAGAAAAAGCUGAGAGAGGAAAUACUGAAAGAAGAGGAAGAGGAGGAGGUGUGGUUGAGAGGAGAUGUCUUCCAAAUGCCCCCCAAAGAAGACGAAGAACCCGAGGAACCGGAUCUCCCCCCUGCUCCCAUCCCAGGACCUCCUGCUGCCGCAGAGGAUGAAGUGAAGGAAGAUGAAAAGGAGGAAGAGAAGGAGGUGGCGGCACAGGAAGGAGGUCUUCCCCCCGGCUGCGACCUCGCCGACGACACGCUGACUUGUGACAAUGCCAGACUGACGUACUUCCCUCCUCUCCUCAUGCCACACCUCAAAUCUCUGAGCCUGGAAGGCAACAACAUCAGCAGCAUCCCGGCGGCGGCCUUCAACGGCAUUCCCAACCUGGAAUGGAUCAACUUGAAGAAGAACAAAUUCACGUCCGCAGGGAUCGAUCAAAGAGCCUUUCAAAAUCUGAAGAUGCUACGGCGUCUGUACUUGGACGGGAACCUUCUGGAAGUGGUUCCCGCUGAUCUCCCACUGAGCCUGCAGGAGUUGAAAAUCAACGAGAAUCGACUGCAAAAGAUACACGGAAACACGUUUCAAGGUCUGGCUAGUUUGAUGAUUCUGGAGCUGGAAGCCAACCUUCUGAGCGAGGCCAACGUGGACCCCGAGGCCUUUGCGCCCCUGGUCCAGCUAUCCUACCUGCGACUAGGACGAAACCUCUUCCGAACAAUGCCACAGGGCCUCCCUCCCUUACUCCUGGAGUUGUACCUGGAGAACAACCUAAUUGAAGAAAUCCCAGCGGGCGUCUUCAACCACAGCAAAAACCUCAAUGUGCUUUCCCUCAGGCACAACAGGCUGGAAGAGACCAGGAUCGCCCCACUGGCCUGGAUCCACCACAGGAGUCUGGAGUCCCUAGACCUUUCCUACAAUAGGCUGCACCUGGUGCCGUCGUACCUGCCCAAGUCACUAGUUCACCUCGUGCUGGUGGGGAAUCGCAUUGAGAGGAUACCUGGCUUCGUCUUUGCCCACAUGGAUCCGGGACUGGAGUACCUGUACCUGUCCUACAACAAACUGGACGGUGAGGGCAUCGAACCCGAGUCCUUCUUCGGGUCUUACCACUCCAUGGUGGAGCUGUGUCUGGACCACAACCAGUUGCUCAGCAUGCCUUCGGGCAUCAACGAGAUGACUAACUUGCACUUCCUCAGACUCAACAACAACAAGAUCAGGAGCAUUCCCGACGAGGGCAUCUGCGAUCCGGAGCGCAGCGGCGAUUCUAUGUUGGUGGCCGUCAGGCUGGAGAAUAACUUGAUCGACCCGCUCAAGGUUUCCCCCUCAGCAUUCUCCUGUGUGCGCUCGUCGUCAGGCGUGGUCUUAAAACCCCAGAAAACCAAAUGACCCCAGCCAACAAACGUAUUUGCAACCGUUCGUUUUUUUUUUAAACUAGCGACCACACAUGUUGACUUUAAACCCUUCACUGUAAUUUGGGGAUUUCCGAUAAAAUUAUGUAAUUUUGGGUCACGAUGGAAAACUGUAGCAUCUUUCACACUGGUUGUCCAAGUCUAUUUUUCUUCCCAGUGUUGCCGGUUUGCAUGAAAGGUAUGGACACCGUGUGAAAGAUCAGGUAAAGGUUUGGCUUUCUGAGGUACCACCACAGGCGCAACAGAGGCAGAACAAUGGCUGGCUGUGUGAAACCUGGCACAGGGGUGAAGCCUGGGGAAUUUAACACCCGACACUCACCUUUAAUGCUCCACUGUCACUGUCAAAUAGUAUUUUGGCACUGUUACACUUAAUUUGCUUCUAGCGGUAGACUUUGCGUGAAAGGGACAAAUAUGAAUACAUAAUAAAUAUUUACAGAAAAUAUGUUCACAUUUAAGAAAAGGAACUUCAUCAAGGGGGAAAAUUAAAAAGUAGACCUCAAUUGACACGGCCUGUAUUGUAGGACGGUAGUGUGAAAACACCCAAAGUCGGUGACAUUUUCACACAGAACACAGCAAAGCAGGACACUGGCGCAGGGCUGUGUGAGGCUCCAAUUUUUACGUAAACUCUGCGUGAAAUGGGUUGUUGCCCUCGUAACACAAAUGCUGGCUACAAUUUGUGUAUGAACUUUGUGUGAAAUAGGCAAAAAUUUACCAAAUGAGCGGCACCAAGGGAGUUCAACUGUGUUGCUGGUGCGGGACUGUGUGCAGCUCCAAUUUGUUGCAUAAACUCAGUCAGACAGAGACUACCUUUAACACUGCACCAAAUGGGUAAGAAAAUUUUAACUAGCUGGGUUCUGUGUGAAAUAUGACCGCUUGGUCCAAUUUUCAGGUAAAUUAUGAAUGAGGGAAAAACAACCAAAGUCCGAUUCAAACAGAUGAAAGUUUGGCAGCGCGAAAGCAACACAGGUCAGUCGCUCCUUUCACACAGCCAUGAGUACCUGUUCUUUUUUGUUUUCUCCUCUCAAUUUUCACAUAGCUGUUGUCGCCUCGAUAAGACCUCACACCACUUGAUGAUGGUGCCAUUUGAACCAAACAGUGAAACAUGGGGGCAGGGGGGGGUGUGUGGGGAAUGCGUAAAACUCUUGAAUAAACAGCACGAAAGGGUCUACGUACUGCUGUUGAGCGGGGAUCACAGACCACACAUUUGCAGUGUAUUUUGUUGUCGACUUUUUUAAGUCCGAGGGAACUGCCAAAUAUUUUCCAAUAAACACAUUCAACAUUG